UUUUAAGGUUUGGGGAAAAGGGAAGAAAGUCGUCUAGUUCUCAAAGACUAGGAAGGAAAACAACACAACAAUAAUUAAAAAAUAAAAAAAAUCUACUACUAACAAAUUAAUCUAACAAACUGAUCCCAGAAAUAAAUUCGAAAGGAAAUAAACAAGAAAAGGAAGGUUGUCCUUUAUUUCCUUGGCAUUCAUUUCAAUCCCAGCUUUUUUCCCUUUUAUCCUCUUCAUCACUAUUUCCAAUUACAAUACAACCGCCUCUCUUCUCUCUUUCUCUCUUUCUCUCUCCUCCACCUUCUCCAUCUCUCUUUUUUUUCUCUCUCCAUGGGUUUCCUAGGAGGAGUGGAUGGAGUAGCAAGCCAGCAAGAAAUGAAACAGUUGCUCACUUCUGGUGUUGUUCAUCCUUUUAUGGCAACUACUACCACUAAUCAUACUAUUCAUAGUAAUAGUAAUAAUAAUAGUAAUAGUAAUAGUAAUACUAAUAAUGAUCCUCAUUUAGACUUGCAACAAUUCUCUCUCCUCCAUCAUCAACACCAACAACAACAACAACAACAAUUACAACAACAACAUCAUCAUCAUCAUCAGCAUCAGCAUCAUUCGUCGCAGUCGCAGCAGCAACAACAACAACAGAAUAUUUCCUUCAGCAUGAUGCAAUCAUCUCCAUCAUCUUCUUCUCUUCCUGGAAAUAAUAAUAACUUCAUAGGAGGUGGAAAAGAAAGUAGUAGCACAGGAGCAUAUGACCUAGGAGAGCUAGAUCAGGCGCUUUUUCUUUACCUUGAUGGCCAAACAGACCAUGAACAACAACGACAAAAUCACAACUCUUCGUCGUCCUCGCCGCCUCGAGGAGUAGGACUUGGAGGUGGAGGUGGAGGAGGAGGAAUGAGACCGCCAACUCUUAACAUUUUCCCUUCUCAACCUAUGCAUGUUGAACCUUCCACCAAGACGAGUCCUGGAGGAGUAGGAGUAGGAGGAGAAGGAGGAGGUCAAUCAACAAGCGGUGGUUCGAAGAGACCAUCAGAGCAGCCGCCAGCGAUUGAGUUGUCAAACAAUAAUAAGAACAAUAAUAAUAACAAAAACAAAAAUCAACACGAUGUCGCUGCUGAACAAUCCAAGUCUAUCAAACGUGAAGGAAACCGCAAAGGUCCAACCUCAAGCUCCGAGCAAGAAGGGCCUAAAACACCCGACCCUAAGACACUGAGAAGACUUGCUCAGAAUAGAGAAGCAGCAAGGAAAAGCAGGCUUAGAAAAAAGGCUUAUGUUCAACAACUAGAAUCAAGUAGGAUAAGGCUUGCACAGUUAGAACAAGAGCUUCAACGCGCCCGAGCUCAAGGUAUAUUUUUCGGAGGCGGUUUAGGUGGAGCAGAUCAAGGUAUCCCUGUUGGUGUUUCCAACAUCAGCUCAGAUGCAGCCGUGUUUGACUUGGAAUACACAAGGUGGCUAGAAGAAAACCACCGGUUGACCUGCGAGCUACGGGCGGCGGUGCAAGAACAUAUACCAGAAAGCGAGUUAAAACUUUAUGUAGAUAAUUGCUUGGCACAUUAUGAUGUGGUAAUGAAUCUUAAGAGCAUGGUGGCAAAAACGGACGUUUUUCAUCUUGUUUCGGGUAUGUGGAAAACCCCGGCCGAGCGGUGCUUCAUGUGGAUGGGUGGUUUCCGACCUUCCGAGCUUAUUAAGAUAAUUUUGCACCAAAUCGAGCCAUUGAGUGACCAACAAUUGAUGGGCAUGUGUGGGUUGCAACAAUCAACGCAAGAGGCAGAAGAGGCACUGUCGCAAGGGCUAGAGGCUCUUCAACAAUCUCUGUCUGAUGUGAUCGCAUCCGAUACAUUGAGCUGCCCUCCUAACAUGACCAAUUACAUGGGACAGAUGGCUCUUGCCAUGAACAAGCUCUCUACGAUGGAGAACUUUGUAAGACAGGCGGACAGUUUGAGGCACCAAACUUUUCACAGACUUCAUCAAAUCCUGACAACUCGUCAAGCCGCAAGGUGUUUUCUAACAAUUGCCGAGUAUUUCCAUCGACUUCGAGCACUUAGCUCUUUGUGGAUGGCUAGGCCGCGACAGGAUUAGAUAAUAUGAGCAACGCAAAGAAAUCUAGCUAGCUCGUAGUAAUAGAAAAGUUUCACGAUACACUUUCCACUUUGAUAAUAUCUCUUUUUUAAUAGUUAAUCAUGAUCAAUAUGCUUCAACUUGAAGUUAUAUCAAUUUCUAAGUUCAAUUUUUUUUAAUUAUCAUGGUGGUCUCAUAGAGAUGUGUAUAUAUACGUAUACUGGAUACAUACUUCUAGACUAAAUAGCAAUGCUUGACAAUCUCUUGCCUUUUUGUGCGAA